AUGCUUUACGAGCUGAUAGCUGUUGUCCGCCCGGGCAACCUCAGCCAUGUCAAAGAAAUCGCCCGCGUCGCCGGCCAACAGAUCCUCGCUUCUAACGGCGUGAUACGCGGCAUGAAGAACUGGGGUCAAUUCGACCUCCCUCGACCAACGACGAAACACCAAACCCAACACCGCCAGGGCCAUUACUUCGUGAUGCAAUUCGAUGCCUCGGUCAAGGCGCAACAGGACGUCCGACGAUUUUUGAGUCUCGAUCCGAGAAUGAUCAGGUUCAGCGUCAUCAAGAUUGGUGAUAAGCUGGGCGGCAUCAACGGCGCAAUUGAAGAGGUAGAUGGCGAAAUACCUUGGAACUCGGGCACCCAAGUUAGGAAUCCGUUUGCAGAUCCCAGAACAACAAGGACGGGACCUUUGAGAUAA